AUGCCCAAAACUUUACUCGGUCGUCGUUUCUGUCAUAGUCAGUUUAUCAAGAAUCUUUUCCGCCAUCAAAGUCAAGACCCAGAACCCUACGUCUUAAUCGUCCAAAUGAGCCAAUUCACCCUUACAGAAAACUCCUCGGACGUUUGCGAAGUGGUCCCAGUUCCUUGUCGGUCAUACUUUACCGCCUGUGAAAUGCUAAAACGAAAGCUUUCAUACAAACGUAAAGGAUCUAACAAGAAACCAGCAAAGGCACCCAAACCCACCACUGUACCAGAAGAAGGCUCCACCACAAGUCGGGAAAGUGCAAGUGUUUUGCUUUCAGAGUGUCUUCGAAAAUACUCUCCUUUCACUAGUCGUGAACGACCAUUAUCGACUUUGACAGAAACCAAUUCGAACUGUGAAGGCAACUCACCUGGCUUAUCACCAUCCUCAUCAGCCACCAGUGAUUCUCCUUCACAAUCCAUCAACUCUUUCGGAUCGGACGAGGUUCUCUUCAUGCCUCUCAAACCACAACUUACUGUCGCUCGAAGACGUAACUCGUUGCGUGAGACAUUGACAAGGACGAUCCAUGUCUCAUAUACCUUUGCUAUCCCUUGCAUCAUCCUCACACUCCCAGACGAUGAGGAUAGCUAUUAUACCCAAUCACCAUUCCCGGUUGGUCUCUUUGCGAUUACCGAAUCCCGAAUUGAUCAACUCCAAGAUCAAUUAACUGUCCCGAUCCUUCCAAAUAACAACACACCCAGAAGUCGAUACCAAUGGCCACAUCCUGCUGGACCUUGGCUUAGACCUUCUUCGACGACAGACAUUUCUUCACCUGAAAAGGGUUCAAGACUUGGGAAUGGAAGAAUCGUGGGGUGGAGUGAUGUUUCGUUUUGGAGAGCUUGUAAUGAUUCACUCUCUUCAUCAACUCCUCAAUAUAUCUUAUUCCCUCCACCUCGACUUGCUAGACAAAGUGAUUAUGAUCGAAGAGAAGAACGUGCCAAAGGGACUACUAAAACAUCUACUUCUAAUCCUCAUCAAAUCACUCGAAAAGAUCUUUUAGUAGUCUAA